AUGUCUACAAAAAAGAAACAGGAAGUGGACUUUGAAGAAGAAUGGAGUAAGGUGAAUUUUUCGGUCAUUUUUUGAGUUUCUGUAAGUCUACGGAAAAAAAUUCCGCUGAACUCUAAAUUCCAUUGUAGCUUCUCAAAGGGACAGAAGUUUCAAAUUUUUCUGGACUGGCCUACGUUUUUUUCUAAUUUCAACUUCAAACAUCAUUUUUUUCCAUUAAAUUUUUGUUUUUUUAUAGGUUUCUGAUGGAGUCUUAACAAUCAAAUGGUACUACUUUCCCACGUCGAUCAGUGCGGAGUAUAAAAUUGAAAAGAUCAAGAGUAUAAAAAUCAAAUGCCAAGCCAACGACUAUGUUAAGAAUUGGGGCUCCAAUGGAUUCACCUGGUGGGCUUGCGAUAUGAAAAAGGUCCGAUAUUUUUUUCAAGAAUAUAAAUAUCUAAGACUAUUGAGUAUAUUCAAUUUGGUUCGAUUCUGAACAUUUCGAACAUUUAGAAACUCAUGCAGCUUCCUUCAUUUCUUUUUUGAAAGCUCAAGAUGAGUUCUGAAAUGAAACACCAUUUUCAAAGACUAAAAAAUAAAUUUCAGUUUUUCUUCCUGUUGCCACCAAAACUACAGCAGAAGUUGCGGUUUCCAAAUUAAAAAAUUUAAACCUUUCGCCUUUCGUUUCAUUUCUCCGGACUUUUCAUGACAAGACUAUGGGUCGUUUUGAGAAUGAUUGAUAGCUUUUGUGCCCUUUGCAGAAACUUCCGCGACCGACCAGAAUACUUUUACAACGUGAAGAUUGACGUCGGCGAAAGGUUCAAAAAAGGCUUCACGGUCAAUAAUAUCCGUGGCUUUGUCGCCGCCCUGCGGAAAUAUGUUGAUACUUUGGACAUUGAAAGCGAUGGUAACUGA